AGAGUAUCUUCUUCAACCUAAUUUCAGUUUUCUGGCAGAAAAACUUUGAUACAAUUAGCAAGUUUGCUUGGGAAACGUGAAUAUUAGAUUGAAAUCUCGUUUCCCAUUCGUUUCUGGGAUGAAUUCAGUUUCAAAUACGUCUCUAUUCUUCUGAAACGGUUUUGGCGCGUUCCGAAACGCGUUUCACGUCGUGAUUUUUUGGCGUUUCCGUGCUCAACAUCUCUAACUUCCAUUGCAGAAUGGCAAAAGGUCUAAUAUGGGCAACAACAGAGGAUCUAAUGAGAAAUAGGGGCCGAGUUCUAUCUUUGUACAGACAAAUAUUACGAAGUCUGAAUUCUCCAGAAUUGCCACUGAACUUUGCGUCAAGAAUGGCCAAGAAAGGUGAGGUGCGCGCUAUCUUCAUGCUUGGAUCCGAAGAGAAAUCCCUCAGCAAUAUUGCUGACCUCGUCGAUGCUGCAGAACACUCAUUAUCUCUCUUGAAGAAAGGUGAAAUCCCUAAAUACAUCCAGUGACUGAUUAACCAUCUCUGCUUUGGAUAAUGCAUCUCUGUCUCUUUAACUAUUGAUAGACCAUACAACUGAUUCUUUUUGUAAUUUCUUUCUUUCUGAAUGUAAGUUGAGCUAAGUAUGCACUCGUAGACCUGUCAAACGAGUCGAUCGGGUUGGGUUGUAAAAAAAUAAAUUCCAGGUCGGUUUUUGGGUCGGAUCGAUUUUUCACAGGUCUGUGCACCGGGGUUAAACACCAACGAUAUGUACAUAUGUUUGGCAAUGUACGAGUAUUAUUCGGUUAAACACCAAAUACCAAGGUUAUCGACCUUAACUCUUAUCCAUAUUAAAGAUCUCACUUCCGACUUCUUGUUUUA